AUGGACCACCACCCACGGGGAAAUGACUUAGAGCAGAGCUAUGAUAAGGUUGCAACUAUAUUAUCGUCUAGUCAAGAUAAAUCCCUCAGUCUAGUACCAUCUCAGGAGACUUGGGAAGCACGAGACUUGCUAGAGUGUCUACGUGAACAACAAGAGUCGUUACACAAAGAUAUUACAAAUUGGUUCCAGCCAGAAGUCCUGGAUACGAGCACUGACUGUACAGUGAAUGAGAAUAUCAAAUUUCAGUUGACUCCGGCGCCGGGGAGGAAGUGUGUUUCUCUGCCCAUACAGAUAGAGGAAGGCAAAGAGUGGAGAAAAAGACGAAUCUAUGCUCGUCCUACAUCUGCAUUAGAGGCUUCAGCAUCCGCAAACCUAGAAAGUUCUCCAGAUGUUGGAAGCCUACUAGAGCUGGUUGCGCUUAACCCGGACUUGCAGGAGAAUUUUAAUUUGAACGGUUUACCUCUCAUACAGCAAGCUCUGAAGAGAUCUAGACCUGAGCAGUGGGAGCUUCGCGAGAUGAGUAUCAACUGUGGCAUGCCUCAAACAAAGGAACACUACGCAUCCCUAGGGGCUCUACCUGAUGAAUGUACCAAUAUCAAUUGGGACGUGGAAUCAUAUCUCCGGCACUAUGCGGAAGAGAUGGCAGUGUGUGCGCAUUUGACGGGGUUAAUAAGAGAGCGAUGUACCGGCAGCACCCAAGUCGAGCAAGAGGUGCUGGAGACACUAUGGAAGCUAACUGGCCCACGAUGGACAUCUGUACAUAGGGCCUUCUGGCGCAUAUGGACGUUUUGCCGGAUCUUCGGCUGUGCAAAAGGACGCGAAGAGGAUAUUCAGGGACAGCAGCGUUGGCUGAGUGGUUUCAUUGGCGCGAAACUCUUGGUUGGAGCAACCUUCAGCCCGUCGGAUGGAAACAGCGAGCUUCUGUCUCUACCUCCUGACACAUUUGGAUAUGGAAAUGCUUUGGGACUAUCAAAGACUGACGUGCAGGAUAUGGUAGCAAUCUGGACUUUCCUAGAGGAUCUGUUGCGUUCUCAUCUUUCUUCUCCGCCCGUGCAUUGGAGUUGGCAACCAGAGCAUAAAGGUGAGACACCAAUGUGA